GAAUCAUAACUGAAACGUAUCAGUCAACAGUUUGACUUUGUACCCUCAACGGAAAAUAAUCAUAUCAAAAUGUACUCCAAGGUGCUUUGCUUAGCCGCCCUUGUCGCCGCUGUAGUCGCGUAUGAUUACCAUCAUGGUCCCGCGUACUCAUCUCAACACAUCUCUCGUCACGAUGGAAAGCCUGAAAUAGUACAUGUCGGACAUGGCCAUGACAGUUAUGGUCAUGGCCACGAUGGACAUGGACACGGCCAUGCCGUUGACUACUAUGCCUACCCUAAAUACGACUUUGCUUACAAAGUAGAAGACCAUCACACCGGCGACAUCAAGUCUCAGCAUGAGAGCCGCGACGGUGAUGUCGUAAAGGGCUACUACGCUCUUCACCAGCCCGAUGGCAACGAAAGACAAGUACACUACCAUGGCGACAAGCACACCGGAUUCCACGCUGAUGUCAAAUACAACGUGCAUCACGUCGUGCUUUGCUUAGCCGUUCUUGUCGCCGCCGUAGUCGCGUAUGACUACCACCAUGGUCCCGCGUACUCAUCUCAACACAUCUCUCGGCACGAUUAUGGUUAUGGACAUGGAUAUGGUCAUGACCAUGACUACUAUGCCCAUCCCAAGUAUCAGUUUGACUACAAAGUAGAAGACCAUCACACCGGCGACAUCAAGUCUCAGCACGAGAGUCGCGACGGUGAUGUCGUAAAGGGCUACUACGGUCUCCACCAGCCCGACGGCAACGAAAGACAAGUGCACUACCAUGGCGACGGGCAUACCGGAUUCCACGCUGAUGUCAAAUACAACGUGCAUCACGUCGCUCCUAAACAUUACCAUUAUUGAGUAUUUGUUAGCCGCACAUUGUUGUCCAAGCAUCUUAGGUGUAUUGUUAAAACAUGUUUUUUUUUUGUAUUAGUAAAAGCAGAUGAUUUUAAAAA